UGAAUGAAUGUCUAGAGAAUGAUUGAUUAUGAAAAAGAAUGAAUGAUUUAAAAUAUAUAAAUUUCGCUUUGUAAUCGUCAAUGGAUUUUGUGUUUUCUGAAUAAAAUAAAUAUAUUGGAUUAAUUAACUGAAAUGGGUCAGAACCAGUCAGGUGGAGGUAGCGGUGGAGACAAGAAAGAUGACAAGGAUAAGAAGAAAAAAUAUGAACCCCCAAUUCCUACUAGAGUGGGUAAGAAAAAACGUAAAGCAAAGGGACCAGACGCGGCUCUCAAGUUGCCUCAAGUAACUCCUCAUACAAGAUGUCGCCUAAAAUUAUUAAAGCUGGAGAGAAUAAAGGACUACUUAUUGAUGGAAGAAGAAUUUAUUCGUAAUCAAGAAAGACUAAAGCCACAAGAAGAGAAGAUCGAAGAAGAAAGGUCCAAAGUUGAUGACCUGAGAGGGACACCAAUGUCUGUGGGCAACCUCGAGGAGAUUAUAGAUGACAACCAUGCUAUUGUGUCUACUUCAGUGGGCAGUGAACAUUAUGUGAGCAUCUUGUCCUUUGUGGAUAAAGAUCAACUGGAACCAGGCUGCUCUGUCUUGCUAAAUCACAAGGUUCAUGCAGUGGUGGGUGUGUUAGGUGAUGACACAGAUCCAAUGGUAUCUGUCAUGAAGUUAGAAAAGGCACCACAGGAAACUUAUGCUGAUAUUGGUGGAUUGGAUACACAGAUUCAGGAAAUAAAGGAAUCAGUAGAAUUGCCAUUGACUCACCCUGAGUACUAUGAAGAAAUGGGCAUCAAACCUCCCAAAGGUGUCAUUCUGUAUGGUCCCCCUGGUACAGGCAAGACCCUGUUGGCUAAAGCUGUCGCUAACCAGACCUCGGCUACAUUCCUACGUGUUGUAGGCUCAGAACUCAUCCAAAAGUAUUUGGGAGAUGGACCAAAACUAGUUCGUGAGUUGUUCAGGGUGGCUGAAGAACAUGCACCAUCUAUUGUUUUCAUUGAUGAAAUUGAUGCUGUUGGUACUAAACGUUAUGACUCAAAUUCUGGUGGUGAGAGAGAAAUCCAGCGGACUAUGUUAGAGCUGCUGAAUCAGCUUGAUGGCUUUGACUCUAGAGGUGAUGUUAAAGUUAUCAUGGCUACAAAUCGAAUAGAGACUCUAGACCCGGCUCUCAUACGCCCGGGUCGUAUCGACCGAAAGAUUGAGUUCCCUCUACCUGAUGAGAAGACAAAGCGAAGGAUUUUCACCAUCCACACUUCCAGAAUGACCCUUGCUGAUGAUGUGAACUUGUCUGAACUAAUUAUGUCUAAAGAUGACCUUUCUGGUGCUGAUAUUAAGGCUAUUUGCACUGAAGCCGGUUUGAUGGCCCUUAGGGAGCGUCGUAUGAAAGUCACCAAUGAAGACUUCAAGAAAUCUAAAGAAAGUGUUCUCUACAGAAAGAAGGAGGGCACACCAGAAGGAUUGUAUCUUUAAAAUAGUAUUGUUUAUUCCGUUUAUUUGAAAUAUAUUUUCCUUCAUGUUUACUUCUCAUAGAUCUGGUAUCUAUGUAUGUUAAAAACUUAGAAGAACCUAUAUUUCAGAUAAUAAUUAAAUGUAUCGAGAAAGCCUUCAAUAUAUGAAUAAAUAAUUCACAGUAA